UCAGACGAGAGCCCCCCGCCAAAGCCCUACCAUGCGAAGCGCCCUCACAGAAAGUCCAGGUCCGGCUGCCAGAGCUGCAAGGCGCGCAAGGUCAAAUGCGACGAGGCCCGACCCGUCUGCCGCUCGUGCAGGCUGAGAAGGGCAGACUGCGUCUAUGCCACUGCCCCGAAGGCGCAGAGAUCCGCGGACACGACUCCGUCCUCGUCGGAGUCCCUUGAUGACGGGCCCUUGACGCAUUUCAAGCCCGCCGCCGCGGCGGCGUCUCCAACGACCGCCAAGCUCGCCAGCAUAUCUUCGACUUCGUCCGUAUUGUGUUCGACGCCGAUACUCUCUCUUCUGCUAUGCUGUCCGAUGGGGCUUGACGAGGCGGACAUGAAGGCACUCUGGUUCUAUGCGACGCAAACGUGUACUUCGUUUUCUACCGUCGCAGACGAUGGGCAUCACUACAUCAUGCGGAGCCUCUUGGUUCGAUACGGACCCGAAUCGCCCUUCUUGCUCGACUCCAUCUUCGCCCUGGCUGGCUUGCACAUGCAGCGCCUAAACCAGCAGUUUGACGCCAAGCGCGCUCUGUCCUACCGGGUCAAGGCGUUGGCCGGAUACCGCAAGGCAAUUGAGGAAGCCAAGCCGGGCGACUUUCCUGCUCUGGCAGUGAAUUCCUUGCUCCUCACGGCCUUGUCGUCGGAGCAUUUUCGCGAACCCGACGGCAAGCAGUUGUACAUACUCGACUGGCUUGUCGUGUGGAAGGGCAUCCUCCUCGUCAUGAAUAUCGUCUCCAAGUCAACCGUUGUCGAAAGCGGCCUCAACGGCUUAUUCUUCCGCCCCAAGUCUGAUGUGGAGAAAGCCGCCGCCUUUAUCCCCUCCCAUCUUGUCGUCUUGAUCUCCUCCAUCAGCCCCAGUGACCCCGAGUACCCAUUGCGAGAGACAUAUCAUCAAACGUUAAAGUACCUAGGCAGCCUAUACAUGGACUUGGCGCAGGGCCCUUCCCCGAUGAUGAGCCUGCGAACCAUAACAAUCUUCACCUUUCUCCCCAGUCUGUACAUUGAUGCUGCCCGCAUGUUGCAGCCGCGCGCGCUGGUCAUCCUUGCGCACUUCGCAGCCUUCUUCAAGCUGGUGCAGUGGAGUGUCUGGUGGCUCGAAGGUGUCGGAGACCGCACGAUGCGGGAUAUCUGCCUCUACCUCGAUGCGCAAUGGCAGCCGUUUCUGCAGGUUCCGUUUGCGGCUCUUGAUGCUCAAGAUCAUACGCAGCUGGCCAAGAUUAUA